GUGUAUAAAAUCAGUUUUAUAUCUGUAGCAAUUUACUAUUGUCUAUUUCUAGGUUUAUAUUUUGAUUAAUAAUAGUGAACAUGAGUUUAACGAAAAAAUUUACUUUGCUAUGUGCUGAUGGAAGUGAACACAGUGAAAGAGCGUUUAAAUGGUAUUUUGAAACCGCUCAUCAUGAAGGCGAUGAAAUAGGAAUUGUACAUGUGCAUUGUUUGCCAACUUUGCCCGGGUUUGGUGGUGAUAUCAUUGCAACAGAUUUGUACUCUCAAAUGAUCAACCAGAGCAUCGAAGAUAGUAAAGCUGUCAUGGAAAAAUUUAAAGAACUGUGUGAAGGAAAAGGGGUUACACCAAAAGCUUUCUUAGUCUCCAUGAACGAGUCUGUGGGUAACACAGUAUGUACAGUUGCUAAAGAGAAUGAUGUAACACUUAUUGUUUCUGGCCAACGUGGGUUAGGAGCAUUUAGAAGAGCCAUAUUUGGUAGCGUUAGUGAUUAUAUUCUUCAUCAUUCCGAAGUUCCUGUGGUUAUUGUGCCUCCACCAAUUGGUCACGAAAAGAAAGAAUGAACCGCCACAUGUUUUGACAUCAAUCAAAUCUAAGAAAACUUUCAAUAUUUGAUUGCAAGUUUGACGCCUUAAAAACAAAUGCUAUUUUUAAUCUGAUAUUUUUUUUAAAAUUAGGAAAAGCUAUCAUUUGAUACAGUGUAUAUUUGAUACUGUUUGAACGUUUUUUUUUUCAGCAGAACUAAAAGUGUCGCCAUGUAUUUACAUUUAUUCAUCAUAUAUUUUUGAUUAUUUUCUUUAUGGUAGAAAGUAAGAUGCUCAUAUGGCAAGAUGGUAACUAGCUGAAUGUGAAUAUAAAAGCUUACUUUUUAUUAUUUAGCGCAAAUUAAAUUGUAUUAUUUAAACAUUAUUCACAUUAUAAUUAUAGUAUAUUUACAA